GGACAGCGCAUCAUGCCGGCACCAUCUCCAUCGACGAUUCCAGGUACUCGCGAAGCCGUCACAUUUUCAGGCUCGGUCACCAGUCUAGACGAUUCCUCGAUUUUGGGGCUGGAGAAAGGAGCUCGACACGGUCGUAGCCAGAAGUCUAUACCUCUCUGUGAACGCAGCGCUCCAAGGCCGCCGCUCCGUGUUUCAAUCCCGCACCUUCUUCCUCAGAACAACCGCCUCCUCUGUAAGACCACGAAGAGUUUUAUCCUGUGUUCUCCUCUAUGUCGUGCAUUCGCGAAGUCAUCAGGUAUUCGACAGCAAAGCGAGAUGGACCCGUCUGCCGUUCAUGGUGGUGUUCGUUCGAAUCCGCCGUAGCACCUCGAUAAGAUGGUUCCCCAUAAGUGGCCGCUUAUGUCGGGGAGCUGGUCGUUCUGUCUGCGUCGUUCCUCUCUUCUGCGACCAGGCUCAAGAUGGUCGCGACAAGGCUGCUAUCAG